AUGAUGAUGGGAAUAUCUUUCAUUCAAGUUACAGUGGUAGCCUUUGUUUUCUUCUUGAGCAUUGCCACUCGUGGUGUCGAUUCAUCCUUUAUUAUAGAGCCAUCAUCAUAUCAUACCUCCCGACAACAAUCAUCUUCCACAUGGCAGCUGAUGCCUCGGAUUAAUUACCCCAAAGUUGGUAGUAGCAUGGAGGAGAACGUCUCAAUAUCAGCACGGUCCAGCAUUUCUCUUUGCGCUGCAAAAGGAACGAAUGACAACAAGCCAGCCAAGAAGAAGCCAAUGGUGGGCUACAACGACGACGCCUUUGGAUUAAUUUUCUUGACGGGAGGAAUCUUGUCCCAAGACGCAGAUUUUGUCGUUACCUUUGUGGCACUAUCGGCUAUUGCAGCCAUUGCCAGCAAUGCUUCUCAAGAAAUCAAUGAUACCCGAUUACCAGGAUUGGUGGCCAUGGCAACCUUGCCAUUGACGCCGGUUGUGACCUAUUUGCAUGCCGCCAUUAUGAUGGCAGACGAUGGACAAGGUGGCAGUAUAGUAUGGACGGCUCCUCAGCCAAUCGAAAUUGGACUCUGCUUUGUUAGUCUGGCAUGGUCGUAUGCUAAGUGGACUCAGGAGCAAAAUCAAUGA